AACACACAGGGUUCAGCAUCCCAAAAAUCCCCAAUUCUAUUUAUAAACCUGAUGAUCGCUGGAUGAUGCAACCACUGGAUGGUGUGAUCAGUGGAUGAUGUCUCUGUACCAAAGAUUAGUUGGCGUGUACAUACAUGUCCACGUAUGUACAUGUACCGGUACACGUACAGUAGGAACACUGACUGUAGUACUCCCAUCAGUUCCCCUAUUCAUUCAGGCAUGACCAUAUUUUUCAAAUACACAAGGGUCAUGGAUUGCUCACUCCUGAAGCACAAAACCCCCAAAUCCAAAAAUCUAUUUUAUAAACCAGGUCUGUAAGCAUUAGUCCUGGGUCUUCUUUCCGGGAUCUGCCCCUACACAAACUAAUUCUACACCUGGCAUAGAAGAGAAAAACUGCUAAUAUUUUCGACCAACUGUACGUCUGUGGUUGAUAUUCCUGGAACUUCAAAACAGAAACAAUGACAACAACUUUAGAGAAGAUUGGUCAACAUCUUCAAUGUGGUAUAUGUAGAGACAGAUACAAGGAGCCCAAGACCCUAGAUUGCCUGCACAGUUUCUGUAAGAAAUGUCUGGAGAAUUACUACACCAUCAGAUACAAAGAUGCUCUUAAGGUGCCUUGCCCUGUGUGCCGACAGGAAAUGGUUUUGCCAGAUACACAUAUCCAAGGCCUAAAAACCAAUUUCCAUUUGACGAGUAUCAUCCAGGAGAUCUCUGAACAGGAAAAGUUGGCACGGUCAGAAGAGAAGAACAAAUGCCAAAAACACCAGGGAGAAAUGAAACGGUUCUACUGUGAGACAUGUCAAGAGUUAAUCUGCAGUAGCUGUGCGGUGUUAGACCACUGUAAACCACGACAUCACUAUAUUGACAUUGGAGAGGCUUCUCUCAAAUACAAACAUUCACUGAUAGAUAUGAUUUCAGAUUUCAGCAAAGAAAUAAAAGGACUGGAACAAUCUUUGGCUGCUUCAUCUCAAGCUCAGGAGGAGUCUGCAAGGAAUGUCACAAAGACUGUGAAAGCUGUGCAGGACAAAGCGGCUAAAAUGAGAGCUGAGAUAACAUCUCAAGAGAACAAGUUGAUUGAUAACAUCCAACAAAUUCAGCAAGAUGGCAAACAAAUGUAUGCUUAACAUCAGAAAACAAUAAGCACUUUGCUACAAGGAAAAAAAUGUUCACUGACAGAAGCCAAAGAUGUUAUCGACAUCUCAUCAGAAAUUGAGUUUCUGUC